AUGCAUUUUAGCUCAAAGAUAGGUAAGUUAUUUAAUAUUUGUAUAGUAAUUAUGUAAUUUACAUACAUACAAUUGAAUUUACCAUAAGUAUUUUCUUUUAACACCUAGAAGGGUUAAAAAAUAAACUAAAAGCGAGGAAUAAUAUUAUUUCAAAACUAGCAGGAUCGACCUGGGGAAGCGACACAACAGUUCUACGUGUAUUAGCAUUAGCUCUGGUAUACAGCGUAGCUGAAUACUGUGCUCUAGUUUGGUUCAGUUCAUAUUGCAAAAAGGUUUUCACGGAGUUAAACCAAACAAUGAGAAUUAUUACAGGUUCAAUAAGAACAACUGAAGUACAAUGGUUACCAGUGUUGGAGAAUAUAGCCCCACCGGACCCACGCAGAUUGAUGCAUGCUGAACGCAUGGUGGACAAGAUUAAAAGAAACCCUAAACUACCAUUAUAUGAAAAUAUUACUACACACCCUCAUAAAAGUCUUAAAUCAAGACACCCAAUAUGGGACCUUACAUUUCCAGUAGAAGCUCUAUCGAUAACAUGGAAAACACAAUGGAAAGACUCAGGUGUGCGAGGAGUUACCUUGAUUGAAAAUCCAGAGAUAAGAACCCCGGGUUUUGAUCUUCCACGGAAGUUAUGGUCAACCUUGAAUAGAAUAAGAACUGAGCAAGGCAGAUGCAAAAGUUUACUACAUAAAUGA